AUGGCUACCGCAACUGUUCUUGAGAAGGCGAACAUUGGCGUGUUCACAAACACCAAGCAUGACUUGUGGGUCGCUGACGCGAAACCCACGCUCGAGGAGGUCAAGACCGGCCAAGGAUUGCAGCCUGGUGAGGUUACAAUCGAGGUUCGCAGCACCGGAAUCUGCGGGUCCGAUGUGCACUUCUGGCAUGCAGGCUGCAUUGGGCCUAUGAUCGUCACAGGAGACCACAUCCUGGGUCACGAGUCCGCGGGACAAGUCGUGGCUGUUGCGCCCGAUGUCACCUCCCUCAAGCCUGGCGACCGUGUCGCUGUCGAGCCUAACAUCAUUUGCAACGCUUGUGAACCCUGCCUGACUGGUCGCUACAACGGUUGUGAAAAUGUUCAGUUCCUCUCCACCCCUCCCGUCGACGGACUGCUGCGUCGCUAUGUCAACCAUCCCGCUAUUUGGUGCCACAAGAUUGGUGAUAUGAGUUAUGAAGAUGGUGCGCUCUUGGAACCUCUGAGUGUUUCUCUGGCGGGUAUUGAGCGUAGUGGCCUUCGCUUGGGUGACCCAUGCCUGGUCACUGGUGCUGGGCCCAUUGGUCUCAUCACCCUGUUGAGUGCUCGUGCGGCUGGAGCUAGCCCCAUCGUUAUCACCGACAUUGAUGAGGGUCGGUUGGAAUUCGCCAAGUCGCUGGUCCCUGACGUUCGCACCUACAAGGUGCAGACUGGCCUCUCUGCUGAGCAGAAUGCCGAAGGUAUCAUCAACGUCUUCAACGAUGGACAAGGCUCGGGGCCUGGCGCUUUGAGGCCUCGCAUUGCGAUGGAGUGCACUGGUGUGGAGAGCAGUGUGGCUUCGGCCAUCUGGAGUGUCAAGUUCGGCGGCAAGGUCUUCGUCAUUGGCGUCGGAAAGAACGAGAUGACCGUUCCUUUUAUGCGUCUCAGUACUUGGGAGAUUGACCUUCAGUACCAGUACCGGUACUGCAACACCUGGCCUCGCGCGAUCCGCUUGGUGAGGAACGGUGUUAUCGACUUGAAGAAGCUUGUGACGCACCGCUUCCUCUUGGAGGAUGCGAUCAAGGCCUUCGAGACGGCUGCCAACCCCAAGACAGGUGCCAUCAAGGUUCAAAUCAUGAGCUCCGAAGACGAUGUUAAGGCUGCUUCCGCUGGUCAGAAGAUCUAA